CGUGUGCACGGCCGGGCCUUCGCUUGGUGGACUUGCACAAGUGACAUUAUUUAGAUGCCCUUCUGUGUAACACCACUGCCAAGAGACGUUUAUUUUUUUUUUAUAUAAAAGCAGCUGCGUCCACAUUUGAUAACAUAUAUUUUACACCCCCGGCCUUCAAGAGUAUAUUCCUCGUGUAUCUUGGUUGGUUUUCGGACUGUGUGACGGGACGGGGGCUGGAGUCAAACGCAGUUGCUUGAGGAGUCAGUGCGUGCAGUCGAUUUUGUCGGGCGGCCUGCGCCCCUGUGCGCGGCGCGCAGUUUGGCGACGCUCCCCGGGCCGGCGGCCGGAGCGGAAGCGCAGGGCGGACGUGGCGGCGAGCGGUUGCAGGACUUACCUGGCAGCAGCAGCAGCAGGGCGACGGAGGCGCAGGGUUCCCCGAGGGGCUGUGCGAGAGUCCUCCCCCUCCCCCGUGGGCCGGUGCCCGUGAGCGGAGCCGAGCCGAGUGUAUAAAUGCGAGGGACGGGGUAGCACGGCAUGCCGCGGCGGGUGCGGGACUCUCUCCGGCAGGCGCUGACUCAGAUGGCCCGCAGACCCGCUGUGCUGUGCGGCGCCGUCGUGCUGAGCUGCACCCUGGUCCUCGCCAUCAGGCUCAGCUGCAGUCGCGCGAAAGCCGUGGUGGCGCCCGCGCCGCCGCCGUCCCGCUUCUUCUCGGCCGACGCGCCCGUGGCGGACCUGUUCCUGGGGCAGCUGGCGCAGGCGGAGCGGCUGCGCGCGGCGGCCGAGGUCUCGCUCGUGUGCUACUACGCGCCCUGGUGCGGCCGGAGCGUGUCGGCGCGCGCCGAGCUGGAGCGCGUGGCCCGGAGGCUCGCCGGACAGGUGCAGUUUGUGGCCGUCAACUGCUGGUGGAACCAGGGCAGGUGUCGGAAGCAGCACAACUUCUAUCAGUACCCCGUGAUACACCUGUACUACCAACGGUUUGGGCCGAUCGAGUACAGGGGCCCGCUUACAGCAGCCUACCUGGAGCAGUUCACGCGCAGGGUGAUGGCCCCUCUCGAGUACCUCCCCUCGCGAGACCGGCUGCAGGAUUUCUUCUCCUAUCAUGAGCCUGGCGUUGUUGGGUAUUUUGAGUUCAACUCUUCACCUCAGCCUCCGGGAUAUAUGGUAUUUCUUGCCUCAGCUUUGCAGGCGCUGAAAAGGGAUUUCCAGGGUGGUGUGCGCUUUGCUGUGAUUACUAACAGGCAGGUGGCGGAAGCGAUUCCUCUGCAAGACUUCGGAGCAGUCUACAUGCGCCGGCACUCGAACACUUCUCUGAUAUUCCCGCGUCACAAGCUGAACUUCACCUCGGAGAACGUUUGCCAGUGGGCCUUCGAGCACCGCGAGGGCCUCCUGCGCUGGCUGCGGCCUCACGGGGGGAAGAGCCGCCUGCUGGACGCGGAGCUGCAGAGGGGCGCAGCGCUGCUGGUCUUCCUGCCCUUCGACCCGCUGGCCGGGGCGCAGCCGCUGGUCCGCGAGGUAGCAGACGUUGCUACCAGAUACCACAGCUGCGAGAGGAGUCAGCAGGCGGAGAGUGGCGAGCAGACGGGGAACGUGAACGAGCAGUGGCUGUGGAGCAGGAGGACGCCGCUCUUUGAGCAGCUCUGCUGCAACACUGUGGUCCUUCCGCAGUCGCACUCGAUCUCCAGGACUCACAAUGUCUGCGAGCUCUGUAUCAACCAGUCCGCUGGGGUUGAGCCCAGCGAAGUCCAGGCCCCUCGCUGCAGCUUCCAUGAGAUGGAGGCUGCCAUGGACUCCUUCUACCUCAAAGAGCGCACCUUUGUGCAUUUGGUCUCCAGGAACACUGAGUGUAGCAACAUACAGAGCACAUACAGUCCUUUUAGUUACUACACUGCCUGCUGUAAAACAUUGAAUGAAGGCCGUGCUGAUUUGGAUAACCUCUCUGAGCCACCUUCCCUCCCUUCCUCCAGUUUCACAUCCUCAACACAGCUGCAGGACGAACCCAGGACUCUGCAGAACAUGUUUGCUCAUGCGGAGAGCAGCAGUUCUGCUGUGAACCACCAUUUCCUCAAUGGCGGCAUCACAGGGCUUAAGUGCAGGACUAAUAAGACGCUUGGGUUUUACAUGUUGGAUUCUCAUUUGCACUGGAAAUUUGCAGUCAGGCUGGGUGCACCUGAAAAUGGGACCACAAAGGUGUUCACCACAAUUGUGAACGUCUUGGAUGAGGUCCAUUAUGUCCUGGAUCACAGUGAAUUUUUAAAAGAUGCACUAGAAAACUUCAUAAGAAACUACAGCAUCCUGUACAGUCCAUUGAAGAGGUAUCUGGUUGGGGAGUCUGUACCAAGAUCUUCAAAUUCUUUAAUUAAUGAAGUAACGACCCAGAGCUUCAACAGCCAAGUAAUGGAUCCUGAAAAGGAUGUACUGCUGUUUUAUUACACGCAGUGGUGUGGAUUUUGCACUGUUCUCAACCACGUCAUCAUUCAGCUUGCCCGUUUCUUCCAGGGAAAUCAGAAGAUUGCUGUCUGCAGAAUUAAUGCUGCCAAAAACGACCUUCCAUGGGAAUAUAUGGUAGACCGAUUUCCAGCACUACUGUUCUUCCCUAGAGACAGGAAGCACGCGAGUGUGAAAUUCCCCGAUCUUCCCUUCACCCUGCCCAACCUCGUGCGUUUCGUCCUGCGCCGGCAGCUGCAGGACACCCAGCGGAAACUGCAGGCCCUGGCCGGCGUCUCCCAGAGCCUCCUCCCGGCUCCAGACUCCCAGCAGCCCGACAGCGCGCGGGCCGAGAGCUGA